AAGAGGGUCCUCAAGCGUGUCGCGGACGUGGAUGGGCAGUGCUGCUACCGUCCCUUUCACCGCCUGGACGAUGACGAGUCAGAAGUUGAAUAUCACUGUGAAAAGAUCACCCAAAAGAUCACCGUGAUCCCAGCUGAGCACGAGUUCAUCGAAGUGGUUUGCGUGGGAGGACGAGAAGAUUACAAGGACGGGUUUGCAUUCGUGAAUAUCAAGCCGGAUGUGGAGGAGUGGUUGGAAAACAUGGAUUUCGUCUCAUCCACGAAUGGAAAGAGUGCAGAGGAAAGAAUCAACGUCAUCCUGCUCGGAUUCGAUGCAACAUCACGCAUGAAUUUUUUGAGAACGAUGCCAAAAUCGAAUGCUUACUUGCUCAAAAACCUGUCCGCCAUCGUAAUGGAGGGUUACACGAAAGUUGCUGAGAACACGCUGCCCAACGUGAUCCCUGUCCUGUCUGGCCACACGCUGGGCGAGUUCAAAAGGAAAUGCAUGGACUUGGGCGCUGACUCUGGUUCCGUCCACGUUGACGAGUGUCCUUUCAUUUGGAAGCGAUUCUCCACCAACGGCUUUCGAACAGGAUUUGCAGAGGACGACGUGGGCAUCGGGAUUUUCAACAUGAAUUGGAGACACGCCUUUGAAAAACCACCCACCGACUAUUACCUCCGACCCUUCUCUAACCUCAUGCAGGCCAAACAGAGCUCUGGAGACGGUCAGUGCUACGGGACCCGCCUCUCCUUCAAAGUGCUCCUCGACAAUUUAGAAAACACGGCAGUCACGCUAAAAAACCACCCAUUUUUCCACUUCACAUGGGCGACGAAACUAUCGCACAACAACCCCAACCACCUCGCUCUGGGGGAUAUCCCGCUCCUCAGAUUUCUGAGAUUUAUGCACAGAGAUGGCCACUUGAACAGAACGGUCCUCGUUCUCAUGAGUGACCACGGGAGUCGGUUGGACGGGAUACGCUCCACGUCUCAGGGGAAGGUGGAGGACAGGAUGCCACUCUUCUACCUCGUUCCCCCGCCCUGGUUCGCAACCAGGUUCCCCACCGCCUAUCAAAAUCUUAAGGCCAACUCGGACAAGUUGACCAGCGCGUUUGACCUGCAUGAAACGCUGCUGGACUUGAUGGACCUUUCUCGCCUGGACAAUUUGGAGGGGAGAGACGUUAAUGCAGACGAGAUUAGUUCGAGGCAGCGGAAAGCGAGCAGCUUAUUUCAGCCUAUUUCCCAUAACCGGACGUGUCUCAGGGCUGGGAUUCCACUUCAUUGGUGCGUCUGCCGUGGAGAUUCAGUCCAGCGUCCCAUGGUUGACGUGGAAAGUGAAGAAGUCCAGAGCGCCGUACGGUACGCCGUGGACACGAUGAACUACCACUUGCGAUGGCAACAUUCCUGCGCAACGUUGACCCUUCAGAAAACCACGGACGCUUUUUACAUUGAUUUUGAAUCCAAAGAGAAAUUGGGGUCGGCGGACGAGAAACCAGCCGAUGGGGACACUGACAAGUUCACCAUUUUACGGCUUUCCUUCACCACGUUGCCGGGGGAGGGGGCUUUUGAGGCCAGUUUGGUCAGGGGAGUGGUCAAGGGAAGCUGGUUGUUGGCAGAGAAAGUCGUUCGCACCAACGAGUACGGCGACCAAAGCCACUGCGUCGAUCAAGACUUUAAAGAAUUUUGCUACUGUACUUGAAUGAACGAAUAAACCCUUA